AUGAGCGCACACGCUGGUUGGCUGCAAGGAGCAUCAGUCCACACGAGACAAGCAGAAAAGAUGGACACCGCCAACGCGAGCCUCCAACUCCAGACCGAGGAGCAGAGCCUGGCGGAGGGCGGGCUCCAGCCGCAGACCGUCUUCGUGAUCCUGGAUUCGUCCGAGUCUCUCAACCUGGUCCGAGUGGAAUCUGGAAUUGUGGCUGAUUUUGAAGUAGAAAAUCUCCUCCCCUCAGACACGGACACCUUCUACCAGAUCAAGAGCCAGCCAAUCAGUUCUUCCGCAGCUGGUUCUUCCUUGUCGUCUUCUCUGCCCUCAGCCAUGUCAUCCAGAGUUCUUCUUCGCCAGGACCUGAUGAGACAGCAGGUUUUAGAACAGCAGCAAAAGGAGCUUCAGAAACAGAGGGCGGCCGCUCGGAUCUCGCAGCCCAUCCAGGUGUCCCUGUCCUCUGCAGCUCCAGCCCAGGUCCCUGUGGAGGUCCUCAAGGUUCAAACUGGUCUUGAGAACCCGACUCGGUACCACAUCCAGCAGGCCCAACGACAGCAGGUCAAACAGUACCUGUCCACGGCCCAUUGCAAAGCAGCCAAUCAGGAUGCAGCAAAGAGGGACCCAGAUGCCCUCCCCAGAAGAGACCCGGCUCCAGUCCCACUCAGUCCUAAACGAGAGAUGGAGCAGGCGGUGCUUGAAGACAUCAUCAGCCUGGAGUCAAGUCUGAACGAUGAAUAUUUGACCCUGUUUGACCCAGAUCUGCAGCUCGCCACAACGAUGCCAGAUGUUGGAGCCCUGGACACGUACAGCAGCAAAGGGUUGGCCUCACCCUCCGUUACCGUUAGCAACAGCUGCCCCGCCGAGCUGCAUGCGAUCAAACACGAGGUCACCGACGCCAAAGCCUUUAUCAAAGAGAGACAGAAGAAGGACAACCACAACUUGAUUGAACGGAGGAGACGGUUCAACAUCAACGACAGAAUCAAAGAACUGGGCGUUUUGAUUCCAAAGUGUAAUGACCCAGAGAUGCGCUGGAACAAAGGGACCAUUCUGAAGGCUUCUGUGGACUACAUCAGGAAACUGCAGAAAGAGCAGCAGCGAGCGAGAGAGCUGGAGGACAGACAGAGGAGGCUGGAGAGUACCAACAGAUCACUGCUGCUACGAAUACAGGAGCUGGAGGUUCAAGCACGUCUCAAUGGCCUCUCGUCCUCCUCUGUCCUGGACCCCCCCAUGACACAGGCUCUUUUGGCCCCCACCUCUCCGGGCCUGAACAUUUCUCCUCUGGGGCUGGAGGCUCUGAGCUUCACUGACUCCCCUCUGGAAGACCCGCUGGAGGAUGAAGGCAGGAGCAGCGUGUUCUCCCCAGGUCUGGAGGCUCUGUCUGGGCUGGGGGAGGGCCUGGACUUGGGUCUGGGGGUGGAUGUGUUGAUGGAGGAGUGCGGAGCUGACCCUCUGCUUUCCUGCGGCGUGUCCAAGUGCAGCAGCCGGAGGAGCAGCUUCAGCAUGGAGGAGGAUCUCUGA